CCUAACACAGAGCAUCGCAGUGCGACGUGGCAUUUACGCAUAGCAGAACCUCAUAUUUUUGCAGCAGAGGGCCUGUUAUCAUAUUGCUGCCUUUUUCCAGCAACAUGAAUGAUUUGGUUUUGUUAUUUUUUGUUUUUGUAAUUCUUUCAAACACCUCAACUUUUACUCAAAAUGAGCUAAAUUGAAAACCGUGAAACUUUUUCUCGGCCUGCGUGCCGCAGUUUUUCUCAUCUUAGGGCAACCGUCGCCAUCCAACUGUCCCAAAAAUGAGCAAAAAUAUGCGCACCAGAAACUUGGAUCCCAGUAAGCCGAUGGUGAUCUACGAUGCCCAGAAGGAUGAACUACCGGAUAGAAUUGACAAUUCUGGGAUUGUCAGGACAGCCAGUAGUUUGCCCACUGGAAUGGAGAAGGAAGAAGAGCUGGAACACCAUCUGCAACUGGCACUAACUGCUUCCCAGAAGUAUGGUGACACGAAAACAGUCAUUAUUCCUGUGCCCGACUUCAUGGAAGUGGAGCCCGAUAUCUACGAUCGCAUGUAUCCCGCCGCUUACAGGAAGAACAAUGAACUUUAUCGGGUGCAAGGUUUAAGUGUGGGGCCAGAGCCGGACGUUGUUGAUUACUGUAUCGAUGAAGACGACAAAGACUGGUUAGAUCAAAAUGCCGCCUUGAAUAUCACCACCGAGCGGUUUGAAAUGGCCAUCGACCGACUGGAAAAAUCCGUCGGAAUACGAGAACCGAGUGAAACAGAUGCCGGGAAAAUUAUUAAAGAGCGACCGGAGAUUGUGACAGCGUUGUCCAAAUAUUGGAUAACGCGUCGAAAGAAAUUGAAACAUCCGCUCCUGUUAAAAGUGAAGACGGAUAAUAAACGGGAGGCGGCUUCUGGGCACGAUCCGUAUGUAGCAUUUCGGCGACGGGCUGAAAAAAUGCAAACACGAAAAAAUCGAAAAAGCGAUGAGCUUAAUUACAUUAUUAUGUACAAACUGAAGAUCGCCCACACCCAGUACAUGAAUGACGGCUUAAUGGAAAUUUUAAAACGCAUGAAAGAACGUGAAAUUCUGAAGAUUCGUAUCACUGAAAUGGAACGGCAUGAGUUUCACAUUAACCACUGUUACUUCGACGACGCUUAUGGAGAGCAGUAUGCUCACAUUCUGUCGGCCUAUACGCAGCUGAAUUUGAUUGACUCAGAAACAGCGGACGAUGGGACACAUGGGGGAGAAGAUGACGAGUACGAAACAGGGGAAAGUGUGGAAGAGAUGUCAGAGAUUUAUGACAGUGAUAGUGUAGAGACGAACUCGUGGAACGACAUGCGUGCUUCGGGUAGAGAUGAUGCUCGAGCCCGCUCGCCGCGCUACGACGUGGAGAACGAUCCAAACCUGAAGGACUUCCCAGCGCCUUUAGUAGUUGAUCCGAAUCUCGUAUCCGAAGCCCAGUAUAACGGCGAUGAACCGCCCGAGUACUGGGGCCCGGAUGGUGAAUUUACGUUUGUUCCGCGUAAAGACUGCCGCUAUGUCGAGGAGAAAAUGGAUUGGGAGACUGAGUCUAAUGAUGUAGAACGCCAGCUUGAUGGAUUCUUUUUUCAAGAAUGUCCGGUGAUAGUAAAGGGAGGUUCGACUGUGAUGAAAACCGUACUUGGUUGCCGUACCAUUGGACUAGGUGGAACGCGCAGAUUUGUUUAUUACAAGCUUCCGCAAUACCUGGAGUCCUACGAUCUCAAUAUGAUCCAGGCAGAUAGCAAUUUCGAGAUAGCGAAUCUGUCUGACAAUCCUGAUUGGAAUGUCUUUCACAAAUACAAAGACCGAGUGUACAAGUAUGAUCCGGAAAUCAUUACGGACACCUCUACAUUUCCCGACGACCCAGCACGUCAAGCGCUCACCGAUGCCAUCCUUGAGGACAUUUAUCAGUUUGCCUUAACCUGGACACCCGCCCCGGCGGAUGUGGAACCUAUGGCGCCCGAUGAAGAAUACGAUAUGUACCAUGUAGCGUGCAGUAGCAUUUGCCAGCCACUACAGGAACACAACUAUUUUUCACCGGCAGCCGUUCGGGAUUUGACUUCUCGACUAGGUGACACCCCCGAUCUGGACAUGGAGGAUAUUCAGAAUUUGGCAACAGCAAGUGAACUGAUGGCAACAGCUGAGGCACUGGCUGAAGGCUCCCUGGAUCCGUCCCGCAACUUUUUAGACUCAGCCCCGGCCACGCCUCUACAAUCUGAAGUGGAUUCCCUGUCCUCCUCCCUGGAUCCUUCUCAGAAUAACCCUAAGAAGCGUAAAGCUCCUAUGAAAACUCCCAAAACUGCGGCGAAACUACUAGCGGAGGGCAUAACUGUGGGUCCGGUGCCCGUCCCAAUAAAGCGCGCCCGUCCCACUAAGGCCGCAACCGAUGCCACCAAAGCCCUUAAUGAAACACCCAAAACGCCGCGGAAGAAGGCCAAACCAAACGGGUUUGUGGAUGCAUCGGAAAACAAAAAUAAUUUACUAACUGCUGUGAUGUCGAUGCCGCCGGCCCUUCCCCCGCCCAUCGCCACCAAUGUGAUUAAAACCCCGGCAGUGAAGCGUAGCAGAGCACCGGCGAAGAAAAAUGAGAGCAUUCCGAAAACGGAUGCAUUGCUCGGCGCCGUAGACCCACGGGAAUCCGCGAAAAAACCAACCAAGCGCGCCCAGAGCGCGAGACCUGUGGCUGUUAAGCGUCCUCGCAAGGAUGAAGUGGCCAUGCCCCUACCACUUUCUCUUCAGUCCCCCGCUAUCCUCAAAGCCCCACAACGCGCAAUUCUCCCCCAGCCUGCUUCUGGUACUACGGGCACGAUAGCCGGGGCCAAUCCCGCUUCGCUGACCUUCAGCCCCACGUCGCUUCGAGCGCAAUCCUUGGGUGGAACAGCGGCUUCCCGUGUGACUGCUUAUCAGCCUAAUUUGCAAGCUCUGUUAGCGCCCUCAAACGGGAUCAGUGCCAACGGGUUCCACAGUGCACCCGGUAGUCCUAUUGUGACGCCGAAUGGGCUGGGUUUGGGCAUUACGGCGUCGCACUCCAAACUAAUCUGAGCCAUGUUUGUUUUACAACACCAGCGUUUGUCCAUUUAAAUCUACGUAUGGCACUGAUGCUUGGGUCAUGCAGGCUCUCGUUAGCCGUUAGGAAUGUUUUCUUAUUGAAGGUAUCGGCAUUUCGCUACCUGAAGUGAUAUUGUGUUUUGUUUCUUUCUUUUGUUGAGCUGUUUCAUCAGUUUUACGGAUUUUGGUGCGAGAUUUGUCAUUUAAGUAUAAGGGAGGAAAAUCCAGCCUUUACAUAUACUUGAAUAUCUAUCUUUGUCGCUGUUGUAUAGCGAUAAUCAAUUUAUGGUUGAACAAUUGACUCACCGAACUUUUGCUGGUUUGUUGGCUGUAUUUGAUGUUUAUAUUAAUUAAAAUCCUGUUCGA